AUGUCGCCAGUCCUCUCCUACAGCGACCAGGCUUUGUCUAUGCACAGAAAGAAGUCGAGCGCCGGCUUCUCUCUCGAUAUCCCGCUGAUAAUGCUGGUGGCGUCUCUGCUGAAGAUCUUCUACUGGCCCGGCGCGCGAUUCGACACCGCCCUACUCAUACAAGCGCUUCUGAUGAUCGUGAUGCAAGUCAUCUUGCUCAAGAUUGCUCUCGACCACCGUCUGCCCCCGUCGUCCAAAGGAGGAGAAGCUGCGGUGCCCUUUGCAAACGUCAACGAUGGACCCGUAUUUGGGGCACAAAGGCCCUACCACUUUUGGCAGUGGAAGUCGCCCAAGCCCUACUGGCAGUUCUUGCUCUACCUCUUCAUCGGCCUGACCGUCUGCGAGCUGCUCCUCGCCCCCGUGCGACCCAUAUACCAAACCUAUUCGACGCUCAUCGGCUACAUUGGUCUCUCGGUGGAGGCGACGCUGCCCUUGCCUCAGAUUUUUUCAAACGUGCGGUCCAAGUCUUGCAAGGGCUUCCGCUUCUCUGUGUUGGCGAGCUGGCUGAUCGGUGACGGCAUGAAGAUGUUCUGGUUCUUCACCUCGACGACCGAGAUUCCCUGGGCCUUCAAGCUUUGUGGUAUCUUCCAGGCCUGCUGCGACUCGUUCCUCGGCGUCCAGUACCUCAUGUACGGCGAUGGCGAGAAGGGAGAGAUCAAAGAACACCCCAUGUCCCAGUACCCUCAGUACCCGAACGGCGUCUACAAGCCGCCCUUGGCGGAUCACGUCAGCGGGAGGUCUAGCCCCGCUGGCCGUAGAACCUCGAGUCCUUACGGAAAGGAGCCGCGAUAA